UAUCGCAAUCGUAGUUUGACUGUUUUCAAAAAGUCACCGCUGAACGACUAGCCGCUUGGAUAAAAAUCUAGCCCUUCUAUGAAACCGACGAGGGAAGACUGGCUAUUGUCUGUAGCCCUCUGCAAACAAGGACAAAACAGUCCUACAGCAUCAACCAUGAGUGAAACCGUUUUAUCGGUCUUGUGCGGUCAUGAUUGGCACUGGGAUUCUAGAAACGAGAACAUAAUCACUUUUGGUGAAGACGGCAGUGGGAAGGUGAGGCUCCCAAUCGCAUCAACAAGAUCCGUGGGAUCUUUCACGUUAACUAACUGCGCUACCCCUCACUGCCAGCUUGUUUGCCGGGGUGAGCUUAAUGUCUGGAUCGCUACCGAGUUCGACUGGAAGCUUCUUGCCAUCGGGACGAAUAAGCAGCAGAGCGAUGAAGACAAGCGCUGGUGGCGCAGUGGCCGGAAUGUCGACCACAGAACUGAGACAGUUUUUAUGCUCGAGAUGACUCUAACCAAACGGCGAAUUCCAAGUCUCGGAGAAGCCGACAUGUCCCGGUACACAAUCAACGAGGACAUACUCACCGACGACGCCUUCAAGCCCAAAAGACUGCACAUAACACUAGAAACCGGAACAUUUGGCACGCAGUUCGACGCGAGACAAAAGGAGAAACUGCCGGAAACGCCGAAGUUUAACUACCGGCUGACAUUUGACGUGUCUCCAUACCCCAGUAGAGAUCAGUGGAAAGAUCCAGACGGCGCGCCAGAUGCGAUGAAGUUCUGGGAGUGGACGCAGUUCUGUGGGUGUCAGAUUGGAUAG